AGUGUCUCGUAUACUUUCCUGACCCGCCUAGUAUCCCUGCCUUUUCUUUUUGGUCCCCGUUCAUCUUCCAACUAAGCAUCGCUUAUCUAGUAAAGUCUUCAAUGUGCAAAAUCUAUUUACUCUGAUAUUGCACUACAUUUCGCACCCGACCUGAAGCGCUUCGCCUUACUCAACUACUAAUGCUGCGUCUACUUUCACCCAAAAGAUUCAAAUUGCAGAUGAAAAAUAGUGGCACGACCGAGAAGGCAGGGCACGUAGUCGCUUACGACCUGUUUUCGACAUUGCUUGAGCACGUCCUUUAAUUGAAAGUCUACAUGUUGUCUUUUUAGCUGCUCGACCGCGUAAGCAAUCCCUCAUUGUCGUCGCUAUGCCUACGUUUCUUGGAAAGUGAAAUUUCACAUUGCUUAUCGGGCAAGUGGAUCAUCUCUCUGUUUCUGCAAUUUUACCCGCGUCAGUUUUAUAGGUUUCCGUAUAAAUCUUUCAAAUCUUCUCGUCGUCCACAGCCCAUUCUCGCGCCUACGAAAUGUCCGAAGACAACAUCUUCGGGCUCAAAGAGGAGCCCUACUACGUGUGGGGCUACGGCUACAUCUACACGGGCGUCCAGCGCGCUUUGGAGCUGGAGCGGGAACAGGAAAAAGCACUGCUGCUCCCCACAGAAGACGAGCAGCAAACGGAGCUGGAGCGCAUUCGGGCGGAAGCGCUGAAGACCUCGUGGCCCAUCGCGGGGGAGAACAAAGCGGACUACAAUUACAAACAGGUAUUCAUUUAGUACUUUAUUUACUUAUGCAUGUUGACGAGCAUGACACAGAGAGACGUAGUACCCAUCUUGCAUGUUUUGCAUGACAGAGUUACGCGAUAAUUUUUCUACUAUCAGGUCUACCGGCGGUGGUACCCGGAAAACAUCACGGACGCCGACUACCGCGCGUUGCAAGAUGAAGCCGUGUGCAAGCCCGUCCCAACGGACGACGACAAGACGAAGAAGACCAAGGAAAAAGCCAAGGCGAAAAUCCUCAGCAAGCGGCACCUGUUCCGCACACUGUGGAAGAUUUGGGGCUAUGCAAUGCAAAAGCAUCCCACUAGUACAUCAAACUGCAUUACAAAGUUGCUCAGCAUGACGAAUGCAAUUUCUGAUGCUGUUUCACCUUAGGAAUCAGAUUUGUCAUGCAUAUUUGCAAUUAGUACGAGUGCGAUACUUUUGCACAUGAUAGGGGCCUGGAGUGGAGUUUGGCGGGGCUGGGGUACUUCGCAAAGUCCGUUUCCGAUUUCACCGGUCCGGUGUUUAUCACCUUGCUGAUCACGUCCAUAGCGGAACUGAAAAUGGUAAAGUUCGUUUGGGUCAUCGUCCUUCUAUUCGUCGUGCGCAUGGGCGGUGCGUUGGGCCUGCAGUACGGCGUGCACUGGACGAUGCGGGAGGGCAUGCAGAUGCGCGGGGUCUGCGCCUUGGCGGUUUUCGAGAAAAUACUGCACAUGGAACCCGCGACCAGGGAAUUGGGGUAAGUAAGAAGUUUCAUUUACGAUCUAGUCCAGGGAUUUUUCCUGAUGCAAAUGCAAAGCGUGACAGCAAAUGAUUAUUAUGCGGCAACUACGGCAUGCUUACGCUUAGACUACCGUGUUAAAGGAAAGAAAAAUUCACCCAGCAAUCUGACCAACCUCCAAUCUGUGGACGCCCAGGCGAUCCUGGACACGGUGCCCUUUGUCCACUGGGUUAUCAAACAAAAAAAGUUCGUUGCGAUCACUCAUGCGCAUUUUUGCAAUACAAAAAUUUCUGUAAUGCGUAAAGAUGCAGCACAGUCUAACUUCAUAUGGGAUUUCUCUUGUCUGUAGCUAUGCAAUACAAGGAAAAGCUGUGAUGCUAAAAAAAUUUGUGAUGCAAAACCUCCAAGUUAAUGACUGUGACAAACCUGUUUUCCUCAAUAUGGGUGCUCAUCAUGCCGAUCGCGUUGAUUUUCGGUACUGUCUACAUCUCCGUCCUGAUCGGCUGGUCCGCCAUUCUCGGAUUUAUCGGCGGUGGCUUGCUGAUGCCGCUGGCCUGGCGCUUGCAGAAGAAUCUGGGUACGCUAUCCUGAGUGAAAACGUCCCCACUCGAGAUUCAAGAUGGGGACUUUGCAACACAAGCCUAGAAGCUUUGGUAGUCACGCAUGACAAGUUGCAGUGCGUGGCGGACUGCAGGUUCUUAGUAAGGACAGCCGCAUGGCAAAUCCUGCUGCUUAUCCUGUCUACAGCAUUACAAAUUCCAAAACGUCACCACUAGAAAUAACGCUUCUCAUGGGGAUGCGGAUUACAAAUGUUCUUGUCAUCGCAAAUCCGCAUGACAGCUCUGGGAUUGGGACGUUUUUACAGGGGAUACACGCUGGAGAAGAAGCGGCUGGCCGUGAAGGACAAGCGCGUUGUAUUACAGUGAAAAGUGCCCCCCACCCCUCAAAUUGCAAAAAUUUGUCAUGCGUAAGGUUUUCAAAUGAAGAACUUUUUUAUCUAUGCAUGAAAGGAGUAUGAAUCUUUCUGAUGCAGAGUCUAGGCGUGUAUCCGACAUCGCUUGCAUGACAAGCGCCGCUCUUGCUGGGGUCUUUUGCAAUACAAAUUUUCGCUAUUCACGAUUGGAAACCUGUGAUGCUGAUAGGUGCAAGAGGGCGAAUCAAUGUUUCAUUUGGAAAGGUUUGCAAUACAAAUGCUUUCAAGUUCGGGGGUGGGGGCAUUUUUCAUUCUGAUACGUUGCCGCGGUCACGGACAUGCUGGAAACCAUGCGGGUGACGAAGAUGAUCGCCAGGGAGACGUAUUGGAUUCUGUACGUCCAGGAAUUACGGGAGAUGGAACUGCUUUACCACGCGCGGUUUCUCCGCGCGAAGUGGUUGCUCCAGACCAUCAUGAUCUCGAUCCCGAUUUUACAGCUGCUCAUCGCCUUCAUCUUGGAAGAGAUUGUGUUCGAAAACCGCCUCGGCCUGACGCAGUCCUUCGAAAUGUUGGCCAUGUUCAGUACCAUGCAGAUGCCCUUGUCCAUGAUGGGCUUCAUGCUGAUGAUGUACCGCAGGUUAAUGGCAUCAGUGGACCGCAUGAAUUCUUUCUUGCAAGAGGCGAAACCGUGGCGGAUUGAGGAACGAGUGGCGUUGAUGAACAGCUCCGGAGCAUCAAAUACAGGAACAACUUCUAGCGCACUGAAUACCGAAGAGAACAACAAUACGAAUACGAACAAGGACACCACGAUUUCCGAGCAGUUACAGCAGGAAUCCGCCUACACGGUGAAGAUCAGCAACAACGCGUGCUUUCGCUGGGUCCCCGACAGCAAAGCGCCGACGCAGGACAAAGAGAAAUCAUCCGAGGCGUCGUCCCCAGUGAAGAAGGAAGCGUCUUCAAACAGCGUUCCCGGCCGGCGGCGCGCCAGUUUGCCGCAGGUGGCGCUGGAAUCGACGACCUUUUGCUGCUCCCCGAAGAAACAAAGAGGUGAUAAAGAGAAACCAGAGGAAACAACAACAAGCGCAGAAGACCAACAAGCGAAGGAAGACCUUCCCGAGUCUCCGAAAUCCACCACCAAAGGCACUUUUCGUCUCCAAUUCGGAUCCGAGAUCUCCAUCCCACUCGGCGACAUCGUCACUAUCGAGGGCCCGGUCGGGAGUGGAAAGACCGCUUUCUUGCAGGCGUUGCUUGGAACGUUGGACGUCGUGGCUCCUAGUACUUCUACUUCCGGAGAAGAAGGAGGGGAAGAAGCAGGUGGAAGCGCCACGGGAGCUGAUGCAAGUGCAGCAUUAACAACUCCUCCCCCAGUUUCCCGCCCGGAGCGAAUCGCCUAUUGCCCGCAAUCCGCGUGGGUCAUGAACAGCACGAUUCAGGAAAACGUCGUGUUCGGCUCUCCCCGCGUAUGAGAGUGCACAGCUCCCACUCCCUCUCAUUUGUCACGCAAAAUCCCAAGUGCGCCCUUUGCUUCUUGGCACUGCAUGCAUGACAGAUUCCGGAAGCCAAAACAGCACUACAAUCCUGCGGGAAUUUGUCAUGCAAAAGCUGCAUUUUUGCCAGCGCUUGAGUUGCUAUUCAUGCAAUACAAGAAAUGAGCGGGCGGGGGUGUUGUGCACUCUUAUACCGCGGUUUGGACGAACCAAGGAUGUGGAAGUGCCUGGAGGCGGUGGCGUUCGACGAGGAGGUCCGGAAGAUGUCGCAACAAGCCGAAACCUCGAUCGGCGACCGGGGUAUUGCCCUCUCCGGCGGGCAGAAAGCGCGGCUGAGUCUGGCGCGCGCGUUGUACUCGGAGGAAAAGGUUUUGCUACUGGACGACCCGUUCGCAGCGUUGGACGUGCAUGUGUCCAAGCACACGGCGGAGCAGUUGGUCACUUUUUUGAAGGAGGAAAACCGAACUCUGAUCAUCGUCUGCAGCAAAACCCCGAACAACAUUGCGAAGACACGGAACCAGAAGAUCUUAGUGUCGGAAACGGGGGUAGUCACCUGCGAGCCCGUGGUGAGGAAGAGCGAGGCUGCCGCGACAGGAGCUGACGGGAACACGAUCAGCCCGGAGUCCAGUCCACCGAAUUCGCCGGAGGCGAAGAACCGGUCCGCCUUGGAAGACGUGAAUCUGAUGACCACCGAGGAAGAGAAGGCAGCGGCGGAUAGCAAGAAAAAGGAAGAAAAGGAGAAAAUCGAGUCCAAGGGCGCCGGCGCGGUCCCCUUCCGCUUUUACGUCUGGCUGGCGGCGCACACGUAUGCAUUGCAAAAGUGUCUGGGUCUGCAAAAGUGCCAGGUUGGGGUUUGUCAUGCGCUGCCAGCAUGACUGUCAAGUCUGUCAUGCAAGGUACCCAAAAGUGCCACUUUUGUGUCAUGCAAAAACCCAGUUUAUCAUGCAGAAUAGGCAACACCUAGCGAGGACUCAAAAUCUGUCAUGCUGAGCCGUCAUUUCUGGCGUUCUCUUGAUUCGCCAACCAGCAUCACAAGUUUCCAGACCCAGACAUAUCUGCAUUUGAUAACACGAAGGCAGGAACGAUUUCCAUGAUCGUCGUGGCGUUGGUGGUUCACACGCUGCUAUGCAAGAAAAAAACUGUGUAAGUGUAAAGCUGUGAUGCAGAACAUGCCACAGGGUUACGCCUGUCAUGCCAGGCAACCAUGAAGUCCUCUGUUCAUGUGUAUUUUCCCCUACAAGCCACGCAUGACAGGUUUUCUCUGUCAUGUAGAGCAAAUUUGUCAUGCUGUCAGCCAAAGAAAGUUACACUAACGCAGCUUUUUUCUUGGAUAGCUGUUGAAGAUGCUGAUUGAGUACGUCAUCGCCGAGUACGGGGAGCAAAACGACAAACGCCGAGAUGUUACGGACACUGGAGCGCCUGUUUCCGCUUACGAACAGAUCGCGGAUGACAACGCGAUCGACUUUCUGUCCCCUUGGUGGGCGGACGAGAAGGGGGCGGAUGAGGAGGCCGUGCAGUUUAUCUUCGUCAUCGGAGUCCUUUCCUUGCUCUUCGUUCUCCUCUUUUACGCCGCCGCGAUCUUGUUGGUCCAAGGCACUUUGUCCAUCUCCAAACUGAUGCAUCGCAACCUCCUCCACGCCCUGACCUCCGCGAAGAUCAGCUUCUACGAGAGCACCCCCGUCGGCCGGGUUCUGAACCGGUGUUCUGCGGACUUUGACGUGAUCGACCACCAAUUGCCGCAGAACGCGGAGUCCUACUUCCAGUGCGUCGUGAAACUCGCGACGGCGGUGGUGGUGAUUUCCGCGGGCGCGCCCUUCUUCAUCGUGCCGAUGCUGCUCUUCAUGUACGUGUUUAUCGUGGCACAGGAGAUGUUCCGGCCGUUGGCGAGGUUGUUGCAGAGAAACGCCGCGGCGGACAAAUCACCUGUUUUCUCAAAAUUCGACCAGUUUCUCCAGGGGCUACCCGUUCUGCAGGCGCACGGGCAGGGGGCGUUGUGGUACGAGAAGUUCGCAGAAUUGGUCGACGUGCAGCACCAGAGCUACUGGGUCAUGAACCAGGGCAACCGGUGGUGGGGCGUGCGGUUGGAAGCCUUGUCCGUGGUGUUGCUGACCCUAGUGCCGUAUCCUGUGCAAAACUAUCGUACUCGUAUUGCAGUCCUGCAUUACAAAUCUUUUUCUUAAGGUAAAUCCGCAUUACAAAUUUUGUUUCAUCGCAUGCACAUGCUGAAAAAAUUUGUAAUGCAUUUAUACGAGUAGGAGUGCGAUACUUUUGCCAUGCAUAUGCCAAUCUGCCUCUUAAUGUGGAAAGAAUACGUGCACGAGGGGUUGGCGAAGCCGGUGAUUGCGGUGGUGAUCCUGUACAGCAUGCAAAUGACGUUUUUGUUCAACUGGAGCGUGCGCAUGCGCACGGAGUUCGAGGCGAAGAUGGUGUCGGUCGAGCGGGUCCAUGAGUACACGGUGCUACCGAGUGAGGAGGACCAGGAGCAAGCUGUGAAGGAGAAAAAAAUCAACCCGAAAACCAUGGCAAAGCUCGCGGACAAAGAUCUCCUACUCACCGGAGUCGCAGGUGGAAUUGCUGCUCCUGCGACGGCGGUUUCCCCUGGUACUACGGACCCCCGCCCGACUCCCGCUGCCAUGAUGCUCUCCUUUGAAGACGUGAAACUCCGCUACCGGCCGCACAACCCCUACGCGUUGAAGGGGGUGAACUUCCAGCUACCGGGCGGCACUUCCACCGCAGUAGUCGGGAGAACCGGGAGCGGAAAGAGCUCGCUGUUCGCGGUGUUGCUCCGGUUAGUGGAUCAAUACGAGGGGAAAGUGAUUCUCAACGGCACCGACAUCUCCGAGUUCGCCCUCGCCGCGCUCCGCGGGACGUACCUCGCAGCGGUGCCGCAGGAUCCGUUGUUGUUUUCCGGUCCGGUCAGACACAGCUUGGUACCCAGUGAGAUGCGGAAGAACGUGAAGAUUUUCGUGAACAAUGAACUGGACAAAUACGAAAAUUACGGGGAGGGAAGUGCGACGGCAGGAACGAAGAAGAUCAACGUCGACAAGAAUUCGGCGACCGAGUCCUCAGGGAACUGUAAAGAAAAUCUCCCCUACUUUCUCGACGACGACCUGGUCUACGAGGCACUGGAGACCGUCGGCUUGAAGCAACUCGUCCUGGAUCGUGGCGGCCUGGAUGAUUUCCUUGUCGACCCAACCGCCACCGACUUGAGUUUUGGCCAGCGGCAGCUACUCUGCGUGGCGCGCGCCCUGAUCAAGGUGCGCGCGGCGCGCCGGGCGGGCAACAACAUCAUUUUGAUCUCCGACGAGGCGACGAGCAGCCUAGAUCGGGCGACGGACCUGAAAAUCCAGACGGUUUUGUCCGAGGAGGCGAAGGGGAACCCGAAUUGCUGUGUGUUGUCGAUCGUCCACACGCUGGACAGCAUCAUUCCGUGCUACAGCUACGUCUUGACCAUGCAGGACGGCGUGGUAGAGAGUCACGGGCCGCCGGCGGAAAUCGCGGCAAAGCCGGACAGUCUGUUCGCGCAGAUGCUGCAGAAGGCGGCCGUGGAGAAAAAUGAGAGCUCCAAGGAAUAG